GCAUCCGCCCCACAGAACCCACGGACCCCACGGCCAGGGCAGAGGCACCGCCAGGCUCCACUGCAGCCAUGGGGCCGAGUCCUGCUCCGGUCCUCAGCCUCGCUCUGCUACUGCUGCUGGGGACCGUGGUGAAUGGGCAGCCCCGUGGACGGAUCCUGGGGGGCUACGAGGCCACGCCCCACCUGAGGCCAUACAUGGCCUCGCUGCAGCUGGAUGGGCAGCACGUCUGUGGGGGCUUCCUCAUCGCCGAGCAGUGGGUGCUGAGCGCUGCACCGAGCACCGAGGAGACGGACGGCAGAGUCUUCCAGGUCCUCCUGGGCGCCCACUCGCUCACAGAGCCGGAGCCCCACAAACGCCUAUACCGGGUGCGCACCCAGAUCCCCCACCCCGGCAGCAACAUCCACAACAACAAGGACGACCUCCUCCUCCUCCAGCUGGAGGAGAAAGCGGAGCUGAACACGCACGUGCAGGUGCUGCCGUUCCAGCGGGAGGACAGGGACGUGGAGGCUGACACGGUGUGCGAGGUGGCGGGCUGGGGAACCAUCAGCCACAGCGGCCGCCAGCCGGACAAGCUCUACCAGGUGGAGCGGCCAGUGAUCAGCCGCGACGUCUGCAACCACCGCACCCGCCACGACCACACCAUCACCGAGAAGAUGAUGUGCACCGACUCCCGCAGGAAGGACACCUGCAAGGGAGACUCCGGCGGCCCCCUGGUCUGCAGGGGGGCGAGGGGGUGGGCCCCAGCCGGUUCCCGCAUCUGUGGCAACUACAAGAAACCCGCCAUCUACACCCGCAUCGCCCCGUAUGCGGCCUGGAUCGACAGCGUCAUGGCCUCUACGACCGGGGAGGGGGACGCUCGCUGAGCC